AGUUUGCUUUUGUUGGUGCGUUGGUGAAGAGUGCAUUUAUCUUUGCGGAAGACCAACGCAUGAGGCUGCUGCGAUCGCCAACAUCAAAAUUUCAAAAUGGCGAACUGGAACCAACUUCAACAGCAGCUUCGGCACCCGAAUAAUCCUGUGGUGUUCUUUGAUAUUACCAUUGGUUCCACGGAGGUGGGACGGAUGAAAAUGGAACUUUUCUCGGAUGUCGUCCCCCGGACAACUGAGAAUUUCAGGCAAUUUUGCACCGGUGAAUACAAGAAAGAUGGUGUUCCGAUAGGCUACAAAGGCUCCACAUUUCAUCGGGUCAUUAAGGACUUCAUGAUUCAAGGAGGGGACUUCGUUAAUGGGGACGGCAUGGGACUUAUGAGCAUCUACGGAGGUUCCUUCAGUGACGAAAACUUCAAAAUGAGGCAUGAUGCCCCAGGUCUUUUGUCCAUGGCUAACAGUGGAAAGGACACAAAUGGCUGUCAGUUCUUCAUCACGUGUGCCAGAUGUGAUUUCCUUGACGGAAAGCAUGUAGUUUUCGGACGAAUUCUGGACGGCCUUUUGGUGAUGCGGAAAAUUGAGAAUGUUCCCAUCGGCCCCAACAACAAGCCGAAGAUUCCUGUCAUCAUUUCUCAGUGUGGGGAGAUGUGACAUCACCAGGUCAUCCAGGCACCCACAUUACCAUGUCUUGCCAUUUCAUUUUCAUGUUAAUAAAUUGCUAUUUCUGAAACGUA